CCCGGAAGCAUGUGUGUGACGUUGAGAUGAUGUGGAGAUGAUGAGAUCUAGGUUCGUGCUUUAUUUCAACAAGAACACUAUCAACUCAGCUCUGCAAAAAGAAAGGAGGAAAAACAUCCCUGACAUCACUGUCACUGACUUUUGUUGUUGUUGCAAAAAAAACAAAACAAAACAAAACAACAACUAAACAGAUAUAUUAUAGCGGCAGGCAUUUCAACGUUUCCUCUACGCGCGGUAGUGUGAGAGUGGGCUCUUCCGAGCAGCAGCGAGACAGGCGCGAUACAACCAGGAAGUGUCUACGUCGUUGUUGUUGUUCCUACUGAUGUCUUUUCUCCUCCUGGGCACCGCAUUAAAAAAAGCUACAACAUUCUUCGCCAUCUCGGUCGUCGUCGCCGCACUUGUUCUGAAGUGGUUUGACGACCCUGAGCCAGUUCACCUCGCAAGAAUGACUUCAGAUACGAAAACUCUGGAGGAAAAUUUCAGGCAGCAGAAUAAAAGCUGUUUCAUCCUUGGGGCAUCUGGGGAGACCGGGAAGGUGCUGCUUCAGGAGUUACUACAGCGCAACAUCUUCUCCAAGAUCACCCUCAUUGGGAGAAGGCAGCUCCACUUUGAGGGCAAAGUCUUUGAAAAUCUGGUUCAAGAGGUGGUGGACUUUGAGAAACUUGAAGAUUAUACCGCUGCGUUCCAGGGCCAUGAUGUUGGCUACUGCUGCCUGGGAACAACCAGGGCAAAAGCAGGGGCUGAAGGAUUCAUCCGAGUUGAUCAUGACUAUGUCUUAAAAUCUGCUGAGCUUGCCAAAGCCGGAGGCUGCAAACAGUUCCACUUGGAGUCAUCCAGAGGAGCUGAUAAAAGCAGCAACUUCCUCUACCUUAAAGUGAAGGGACAAGUGGAAGCAGAUGUUCAGGUGUUGAAUUUUGACAGAUUUGCCAUUUACAGACCUGGAGUUUUGCUGGUGGAUAGAGAGGAGAAGCGGCCUGGCGAGUGGCUGGCCAGGCAGUUCUUCAGUGCAGUUUCUGCUGUUUGCUCCACAUCCAUGUCUAUCCCCAUCCAAAUAGUGGCGAAGGCUAUGGUGGCAAACACCAUGCUUCAGCCUGAACAAAAGGUUGAGAUCCUGGAGAACAAAGCCAUCAACACUCUGGGGAAAAGUGACAAGAAGUAACUCUCGGGUCAAUGGAGUUGGUACCAGGCAAUUCACAGCUCAGGUUCAUUGCAUCGUGUCAAAGGAUUGUAAUUCAUUCGUUCCAUUUUCCAUACUCCUUAUCCUCACUGUGGUCGUGAGCGUGCUUUAUCGAUCUCUGUCUUAUGCAGUAGAAAUUAUUUUAAUCUUCUGCUUCAAAAUAUUUAGUACAGGGAUUUUAACACUAAUAAGUCACGCUUCUUAUAUUGUGAGAACCACCGGCUUAAACAUUAAUUACAUCGAUGCAUCGGGGGUGUUGAAUGUUUAUGAUGGUGUUGGUUUGAUUAUAAUGGACUUGAGUCAAUGGUGGUUUGUUGUAAUGUGAUAACACCAAAUAACAUUUUAAAUUGUUUCGCUCUCAUUGCAAUGUAUUUAAAUAAUUUGUGAAUAAUUGCGAUUUGCCUUGUCAGAAAGCAUGCACUCAUUUUUUUCUUUAGUCUCUUAUGUAGGAGCGCCCCCAUGUGAACAAAUGCAUAUUGCCUUCUGUGGUUAGUGUUCUGAAUAAGUUUUCCCGCCACCCCAUGGUAACUCAUAGGUAAUACAAAAUGUUUUUUUUUAUUAUAAUUAAUAAAUGAUUUAUACAUGCAAGUA